AUGCUCGCCGCGACGUCCUAUAUAAGACGGGGCCUGUUCUCCACCUCCCCCAGGUCCCCACGCCUUCUCAGCUCGUCUCGUCUCGCACCUUCUCUCAACCAACAACAGUCAGCAGGCAUGAAGGUCCUCGCCGUUCUCUACCGUGGUGGCCAGGCUGCCCAGGAGGAGGCUCGUCUCCUUGGCACGAUCGAGAACCAGCUCGGCAUCCGCCCCUGGCUCGAGUCUCUGGGCCAUGAGUACGUCGUCACGGACGACAAGGAGGGCCCUGACUCCGUCUUCCAAAAGGAGCUCGUCGAUGCCGAGGUCAUCAUCACCACACCCUUCCACCCCGGUUACCUCACCCGCGACCUCAUCACCAAGGCGAAGAACCUCAAGCUCUGCGUCACUGCUGGUGUCGGUUCUGACCACGUCGACCUCAACGCUGCGGCGGAGCGCGGCAUCCAGGUCCUCGAGGUCACCGGCUCCAACGUCGUCUCGGUCGCCGAGCACGUCGUCAUGAGCAUCCUCCUGCUCGUCCGUAACUUCAUCCCCGCCCACGAGAUGAUCGAGCGUGGUGACUGGAUGGUCUCCGAGGUCGCCCGCGACGCCUUCGACCUCGAGGGCAAGGUCGUCGGCACCAUCGGCGCCGGGCGCAUCGGCUUCCGCGUCCUCCAGCGCCUCCUCCCCUUCAACUGCAAGGAGCUCCUCUACUACGACUACAACCCGCUCCCCGCCGCUGCCGAGAAGGAGGUCGGCGCGAUCCGCGUCGAGGACCUCAAGGACUUCGUCUCCCGCUGCGACGUCGUCACCGUCAACUGCCCGCUCCACGAGGGCACGAUCGGGCUCGUCAACGCCGACCUGCUCUCGCACUUCAAGAAGGGCGCCUGGCUCGUGAACACCGCCCGCGGCGCGAUCUGCGACAAGGACGCGGUCGCGGCCGCGCUCAAGUCCGGCCAGAUCUCGGGCUACUCCGGGGACGUCUGGAACAUGCAGCCCGCGCCGCGCGACCACCCGUGGCGGACGAUGAAGAACCCGCUCGGGGCGGGCAACGGCAUGGUGCCGCACUACUCGGGCACGACGCUCGACGCGCAGGCGCGCUACGCCAAGGGCACGGAGAGCAUCCUGAAGAACUACUUUGAGGACCUGCCCCAGGAGCCAGCGAACGUCAUCAUCGGCAAGGCCGGGUACGAGACCAAGAACUACGGCCAGCGGUGA